AUACCUUGGAGGGAGAGAGAAAAGAGGAGUAAAGGAGUGGGUGUUGGGAAAGAGAAAAGAGGGAGAGGGAAGCGUGUGUGUGUGAGAGUGAGAGAGCUGAUUAGAUUGGAGAGAGCCAAGGAGGUAUGGCUGUACUAUUGAGCAGAGAGGGAGCGUGACUGAGUGAACGCAGAAUCACAGCAAAGUCCUCAAGACGGCGGAUGGACUGGACCUAAAUCAACAAACUGACAAAGAAAAUCUGGAUGGAUACCAUGUAUAAAGGAUGAAGUAUUUGCCUUAAUGAGCGAGUAUCUCUGCAUCAGUGUUGCAAGGAAUCCACCGGGAGAAAAAGGAAGGAAAAAAAAUCAAAAACGGACAACUCGUUUCUCUCUCUUGGAAGGAGAGCUGUGAGCCGGAACAGAGUCAACGGUGGGACUCAGAGGGAUUUUAAAUAUACUCUCAUGCCGGGGUGUGUGUGAGUCAGUGUGUGUAAGCUGAUAAUAGCAGCUCCAUUGGUAUUCAGCGGAGGGAGCUCCAGGAUCUCGCUGCGCCUUUUCCCCAGGAUGGGAUCACAGAGCAGGGAUUGUGCUUGCCUGAGGAGAGCCCACUGAAAUGGACCCAAACCCUUGGAGCAAUGGACACCAAAUGGGCAGCAUGGAGACCAACGUGUUCCCUUCAGCAGAAAGCUUUCCACACCUAAGCGCCUCCACCAACUCCAGCCAUCCACUCAAGCCAGGGCUAAGCCUGCAGAGUUGAAGUAGGGGUUUGCCUGGAGCUGUCUGCAGAAAACAGAGAUAAGAAGGCCUCAGAGGAGUCAACGUGUUACAAACCAGUCAAUGCGUUGAGCAAUUAAGCUGCUUGAACUUCAUCCGCAAUGAAAUAUGAUGCAGUGAUGCUUGAGCAGUGGUUCAGAGCUUUUGGACGUGUGUGGAUUUAUCAGCUGGAUAUUUUGUUGAGGUUACGACACUUUGGGGCGCAUUUCCGAGCUGGAUCACUUUCCCCACAUUCGUUUGUGGGCAAAAGCGAGUAAUUGAAAAUUAAACCCCUGGAGGCUAGUUUUAUUUUAUUUUUUUUUUUUCCGAAGGAGCAGCUUGUAUGUUUUUCCUCAGAUUUCCUGUUCUUUCUCUUACAUUGCAGAAAAAUACAUUAUGAAGCAGCACCAUUCUUCUUCAUCCUCCCUCAGUGACGGAGAGGGAAGAGGGACACACUGUCCAGAAUAGAUAACGAGUAAGAAGACAGCCGCUGAGAAAGAGGAGGGUGGGGUGGGGUGGGGGGGCAGAAAACAGAGGGACAGGUGGAGAAAAUAACAGAUAAAAGGGUACAGCCAAAAAGGAGAGAGUCAGAGAAAAUAGCAGAAUUAACUUGGAUUGUCCACAAUCCUCUUUUUUUUUUUUUAGACCUUCUGUAAUUUGUCUGGGCUGUUUUGGGGAGUAGUUAACGCCAUGGGUGGGAAGAUUUCAGCCAGAGGUGAGGGGUGGCUUGAGCAGAAGUUGAGGUUUAUGUCUGGUCUGAAGCUGCUGGCUCUGCAUUGCUGGUGUUUGAACCAAACUAUGGCCCAGUAAACAGACACCUGUAAGGAUUGACAGAGAAGCUCUGUGACAGAAAGGAAGACAGCUACACAGCCUAAGUGUCAGGCAAAAAGGCAGCAGACACCCGGAGCUGGCAGAGCCGGCGUUCUGCAUUUCAUUGUCAUUCCGCUCUGUUUUCAGAGGAGUUAAGAAGAGAAGAGAAGCAUUCAUGUGUUUGUGGCUCCUUCAGCAUCCAUCCAAGUCAGUGGCCCCCCCUCCUCACUGCCUAAUAUACAGCAAAGGAGGGUUGGUACUAAAAAGGAAAUCCAGGUUGGAAAGAGAGAGGGUGGGAGGCAGAGAGAGCGGGAGAGAGCAGGUGUCAGAAAUCCUCCCCUUCAUCUGCUUGUCAUUUACUUCUUUAUGCUCGUUCGUUUUUUGGCAAGGCGAUUGAUUUUCUGAUGCUGCCGUUACUUCUAUAAGCCCUCUGCAGUCCCUGGGUGAAAGCAAGACUGAGUAGAGCAGAACAAGACCACAACAACAAACAAAAGGGAAAAGGAAAAGAUGGAGCCCUUCUCAUUGACUGACUUUUCAACCCCUCCUUUUCCUAUUUGUCGAGAUGGCCUCUUGUUAUUUUUUCUCUAAGUAAAGGAAAAGAAGAAAAACACCCACCCAAUCAAUCCCUCAUUCUGUUUUGUACACAAGGACUGAACCUCCCUUUUCAUCGGCUGUUUCUCUACAUGGAUUAUUUUUUCCUCUGAGUUCUAAACACUGGAUUGCUCCAGAUUUCCUCCAUACGGCCUCCCCUCUAAUGACAAGGGCCAAUUCCUGUAAUUCCCCCUGCAGGCAUCCAUCCGCUUCACCCCUCGGUCGAGGUGCAGGAACUCUGUGGACCCGGAUCCCAGUGCCCUUGUUGACUCACCACCACAGCUAUAAUAUGGCACAGUCCCUCUGAUCCUGCCUGAUUUAUUCUGUGGUGGUACAGGCAGCCAGCAGACCGUUCUCCAUGAGAAGCAGUAGAAGAUGCCGGCUCUGCCAGCGCUGCUGCUGUCAAUACGCUUCCUCUCCUUCCUGCUAGUGACAAUGCCACCACUCUCCCUCACUCAGGCCCCUCUACUUUCCUCCGUACGCAUGGCUGCCAUUCUGGAUGACCAGUCAGUGUGUGGGCGCGGGGAGCGGCUGGCGCUGGCCUUGGCCAGGGAAAACAUCAACAGUGUGAUAGAGGGUCCGGUGCGAGCCCGAGUGGAAGUGGACAUAUAUGAGCUGCAAAAAGACUCCCAGUAUGACACUACUGACACUAUGUGCCAGAUUCUACCCAAAGGCGUCGUCUCUGUGAUCGGUCCAGCCUCCAGCCCCGCUUCCGGCUCUACUGUCAGUCACAUAUGUGGAGAGAAAGAGAUCCCUCAUGUUAAAAUUGGUCCAGAGGAAACUCCCCGCCUCCCAUACCUGCGCUUUGCCUCAGUUACUCUGUACCCCAGCAAUGAGGACCUGAGUCUGGCCAUAGGUUCCAUCUUACGUUCGUUCAGCUAUCCCUCUGCCAGUUUGGUCUGUGCAAAGGCUGAAUGCCUCCUGAGAUUGGAGGAACUAGUCCGCCGUUUUCUCAUCUCACGGGAGACACUGUCUGUCAGAAUGCUAGAUGACAACCUGGACCCCACUCCCCUCCUAAAGGAGAUCCGUGACGACAAAGUAGCCACCAUCAUCAUCGACGCCAAUGCUUCUGUCUCUUAUCUCAUCCUCAAGAAGGCCUCAGAGCUGGGGAUGACAUCAGCAUUUUAUAAGUACAUCCUCACCACCAUGGACUUCCCCCUUCUGAGGCUGGAUGAUAUCGUGGAUGAACAUUCCAACAUUUUGGGUUUCUCUAUGUUUAACACCACACAUCCAUUCUAUUUGGAGUUCAUCAGGAGCCUGAAUCUUUCAUGGAGGGAGGGCUGUGAUUUGACGUACCCUGGCCCUGCGCUCUCUUCAGCGCUGAUGUUUGAUGCCGUACAUGUGGUUGUGGGGGCGGUCAGGGAAUUGAACCGCAGUCAGGAAAUUGGAGUAAAGCCCCUGAGCUGCACCUCGCCUCAGAUCUGGCAACACGGGACCAGUCUCAUGAAUUAUCUGCGCAUGGUGGAGUACGAUGGCCUGACGGGGCGAGUGGAGUUCAACAGCAAAGGUCAGAGAACCAACUACACCCUGCGGAUCCUGGAGAAAUACAGAGGAGGCCACAAAGAGAUUGGGAUCUGGUACUCCAACAACACUUUGGCGAUGAACUCCACUAGUUUGGACAUUAAUGUCUCAGAGACGCUGGCGAACAAGACCCUCAUUGUCACCACCAUUCUGGAAAAUCCAUACGUGAUGCGCAAAGACAAUUACCAGGAUUUUGUUGGCAACGAUCAGUACGAGGGUUUCUGUGUUGACAUGCUGAGGGAGCUGGCAGAUAUCUUGAAAUUCUCUUUCAAGAUCAAGCUGGUGGAUGAUGGGCUGUAUGGGGCCCCAGAGCCAAAUGGCUCUUGGACCGGCAUGGUUGGAGAAUUGAUUAACAGGAAAGCAGACCUUGCUGUAGCUGGCUUCACAAUCACAUCAGAGAGAGAGAAAGUUAUUGACUUCUCUAAGCCGUUCAUGACCCUUGGGAUCAGCAUCUUGUACCGAGUUCAACUGGGUCGGAAGCCAGGUUACUUCUCCUUCUUGGACCCUUUCUCUCCUGCUGUCUGGCUCUUCAUGUUACUCGCCUACCUGGCUGUCAGUUGUGUGCUCUUCCUGGCAGCAAGGUUAAGCCCCUAUGAGUGGUACAACCCUCACCCAUGUCUGCGGGAGAGCAGGGACAUGCUGGAGAACCAGUACACACUGGGAAACAGUCUAUGGUUCCCUGUUGGUGGCUUCAUGCAGCAAGGAUCAGAGAUAAUGCCCCGAGCAUUGUCCACCAGAUGCGUCAGCGGUGUUUGGUGGGCAUUCACAUUGAUCAUUAUUUCCUCCUACACGGCCAAUUUAGCAGCCUUUCUAACCGUGCAGAGAAUGGAGGUUCCUAUCGAAUCUCCCGAUGAUUUGGCCGACCAGACCAACAUUGAGUAUGGCACCAUUCAUGGAGGGAGCAGCAUGACGUUCUUCAUGAACUCAAGGUACCAGACAUACCAGCGGAUGUGGAACUACAUGAACUCCAAACUGCCAAGCGUAUUUGUGAAGAGCACCGAGGAAGGUAUCGCCCGUGUGCUCAACUCCAAGUACGCCUUCCUGAUGGAGAGCACUAUGAACGAGUACUACCGUGGCCUCAACUGUAACCUCACACAGAUAGGAGGACUGCUGGACACUAAGGGAUAUGGCAUCGGCAUGCCUCUGGGAUCUCCGUUCAGAGAAGAGAUCACGCAGGCCAUCCUCCAGCUGCAUGAGAAUAACAGGCUGGAGAUACUAAAGAGAAGGUGGUGGGAGGGAAGCCAGUGUCCCAAAGAGGAGGAUCACCGUGCCAAGGGUCUGGGCAUGGAGAACAUAGGAGGCAUCUUCGUGGUGCUGAUCUGUGGCCUCAUCAUCGCCGUUUUUGUGGCCAUUAUGGAGUUUGUGUGGUCGACGCGCCGCUCGGCAGAGACUGAUGAGGUAUGCCCUCAUACCUGCCCUCGCCGACCCCGCAGACACACCCCAGCCUCACAUGUGUCUGUUUGUCAAGAGAUGAUCACCGAGUUCAGAAACGCCGUCUCUUGUAAGAAGAGCUCCCGGCUGCGCCGCAGACGACAACUGAGCAGUUCUGCGGCCUUACGACAUCCCACCCGCAUUGCUCUUGGAGCCCCCCGGCCGCUGCGCCUGGUCCGAGAGAUGCGGCUCAGCAAUGGGAAGCUGUACAGCGGAGCUGGCCCGCUGACUGGUGGAGCAGGAGGGACAGGACUGCCCGAUCUGGGCCCUGGGCCCCAAAGGAUCCUAGAUGAUCCCCUUGGAGCAAACACUACCCCGCCUCCGCCGGCACCCACGCCAGUGAUAGCGCCCUCUCGCAGCUGCAGCCACGUGAGGAUCUGCCAGGAGUGCAGAAGGAUCCAGAGCCUGAGAUCAGGCAGUAGUUUGGGUUCAUCAUCAACAACAAGAAUACCACCCUUAUCUGCCCCCCUGCCUAGGCUACCUCCACCCCCACCACCGUCCUCAUCCAACACAGACAGUGAGGGUGGAGGGGGCACCAGUCCAAGGCGGCUACGCCACAGCCCCCCAUCUCAAUCCCCCCUUCGUAUUCCUCCUCCUCCUCAAAACAGCAACAACACAGACCUGCUUGGAGAGCAAGAGGGAGUGUAAGACUGGAUAAGAGGGGGUGUGAGAAACUCAGAGAAAUGGGUGAUGAGGUGGAAGAACACAAACUAGAAAACAUUUUUCUUGUUUACCCUGAGGAAUGAAAAUACAGAACCAACUGUGUACCAACUGGUCAAAUAUUAGGCUGCUGUUACUGAAAAAAAAAAUGUUGGACAAAUCUGAGGGACUGCCCUUUGUUGAAAGAUGGCAUUCUCCCCUCAUUUCCUCAGUUCCUCUGUUCUGGGUUUCUUUAGACUCUGCCAGAAGUCCGUUCACCCUUUUGGUAAAAAUGAAACCUAACUGGAGGACAAAAAUGUUGGUCUAGACAUAAAAAACAGCAACAAAAAGACUUCAGAGAAUUAUUUACUGUUGUUUUUUUCUUUUUUGUCUUUGUUUUGUUACCAUUGUUCUAAGUGGGAAUAAAUACAGACUAUGUAUAACCCUUUGGUGGAUUUUAAAAUUCGAAAUAAACUGAUAACUUUUUUUCCAACA